UUCAUGGAUACUGUGGACUUGUCAUUUCUAGAUGCCAUAAUUACGGCAGCUCCUAUAUAAGUGUGGCUACCCCGAGACGCCCGGGCACCAUGACGUCACCGCCGUAGCGAGCAGUGAACUACAAGAAUCGCGCCCGCUCCUCUUCUGCUGCUCCACGACCGAGCGCACCGCCUCAUCCGAGGACGCGUCCACGCACACCCCGGCUGACAGACGCCGCAUAGCGUGUUUGCCUCACACUCGAGCAGGCCCGUAACCCAGCACACACACACACACACACACACACACUCAACGCGAGCAUGUCCGCGCAGUCCGGCGAGGAGCUCGGCUCGGAGGACAAGUGGUUCGGCGACGACUACGGCCGCAUGUUUGGCAACGCGGAGGCGGCGACGCGCCUCGACGAUUUGCGCGACGAAGUGAAGCCGAGCGGCGGUGAGGCGGCCGACGACCUGGAUCGACAAUUUCAUCCGUACCAGGACGACGGGAAAAGGCACCCAGUUGCUAUGGAAACUGCAUCUACAGGUGACCCAAUGUCAGGCCUCUUCAGGAAGCCUAUGAAUUAUGGUGACGUGUACACCUCCUUGCUGUCCAAUCAGAGCUUUACAUCAGGUCAAGAAUCUUCAUAUCUGUCUGACAACGUAAAGGCUUCCUCUGGGUCCUCCGGCCUGGACCACUUCUCCACUGACAUGUACACCUUCAGCUCCAGCACCAAGACCAUGUCCAACCUGCCCAACGACAUGCCCAAGUCUCUCACAGGCUUAGAAAAGACAGAAUCUUACAACUACAUGGACAUAAGCCAUGGGGAUGAUCGCCAGGACCAACAGCAGGGGGCGCUGAACAGCCUGGUGGACACAGGGUUGACCGGUCGUGACUCACUAGGUAGCUACAUCGAUAAGAACCCUGGAAGAGAAGAGGAAGAAGAUGAGAAUCUCGGUCCAGCCCUGGGGUCCCACUCCUUCCCUUAUGUGGAGGAGCCGUCUGAUGAGGAGCCGUCCGACUACCGCUCCUACCGGAACCUGGGAGGCACACCACAGUCAGCCAGCCCCGUUAAGAUCACCCUAACCGAGUCGCAGGCUCCAGCAUCCAAGGCCGAGCCUCAGCAGCGCCCCCCUCCAGCCACUGGGUGUGACCGUGAUCGUGAAAAUGUGCUUAGUGUGGGCCUGCAGGGGGUCCCCACUGUAACCCUGUCAGAACCAGAGGACGAGAGCCCCGCCUCAACCCCCAAUGCUUCACCUACACAAAAAGAGUUCCCUUCCCAUGAUGUGUUCAAGGCUGAUGCAGCGAAGUCUGCAGCUACCAAAUAUAGUCCAGGUCCACAGGUCGGUGGCAGGGACCAAGAUGGCAGCAGUGCAGAGUCCGGAGACUCCGAGAUUGAACUGGUGUCUGAGGAUUCUCCCAAGGCCAAUAUCAACCCGUUUGCCGAACCACCUAAAAGCAAGGGCACCUUCAACCAGUCCAGCGGUCCCUUUGACAGCCCCCCGGUUGUUUCUAAGGUUGGUUCCAGCCUGGCCGGCAACCAUGGCCCACCUGCAGCCUACAGCAUUCUGCGUGAGGAGAGAGAGGCGGAGCUCGACAGCGACCUCUUCAUUGAGUCAGCAUCAGAAGAAAGUCCCAAAAGAGAGCAGGGCGUGGGCAGCCCCAAUCUCGGAGCCGGCCAUCCCUCUUCCCUGGUUCCAAGUGUCCCUACUGCCCGCAGUGCCCCUCGGGCUGCAUCAGCCGAGCCCUCGGUCAAAGAAAAGGUCAGAGCAGAGGAAGAGCGCCUGAGCAAGCCCAAGCCUCCGACUGCUACUGUGCCCCCAGAGGUGCGUCCAGAGAGGUUCAAUCUGGAGGACAAGAAGACCAAUGAAGGCAAAGUGGAUCUUGGGAAAUCAACUCCUUCCUUCCUCCUGGAAGGUUUGAACAAAAAAAAAGCUAUUGACCUGCUCUACUGGAGGAAUGUGAAGCAGUCAGGGGCCGUGUUCAGCGGCGUGCUUCUUCUCCUCUUCUCUCUGACCCAGUUCAGCGUGGUCAGUGUUGGGGCCUACUUAGCCCUGGCUGCCCUCUCUGCCACCAUCAGCUUCCGCAUCUACAAAUCUGUGCUCCAGGCUGUGCAGAAAACGGAUGAGGGGCAUCCUUUUAAAGGCUACCUGGAGAUGGAAAUAUCUCUAUCCCAGGAACAAAUUAGCAAAUAUGCUGACAAAAUCCUGCUCUACACCAACACCUGCAUGAGGGAGCUGCGCAGGCUUUUCCUUGUUCAAGAUCUGAUUGACUCUUUCAAGUUUGCUGUGCUGAUGUGGCUUCUGACCUAUGUGGGCGCUCUCUUCAACGGCCUGACACUGGUCAUCCUAGCUGUGGUCUCCAUGUUCACCAUGCCCGUGGUAUAUGAGAAGCAUCAGGCACAGAUAGAUCAAUACGUGGGACUAAUAUGGACCCAUGUCAACUCUGUGGUGGGGAAGAUACAAGCAAAGAUCCCUGGGGCCAAGAGAAAGGAGGAGUAGAUCCACAAGUUUCAUGGAGGACGCUCGCUCGUGCUUGAAGAGCGCGGUCACCGUCAGAGGGGCAUCAGGCUUUGUCAUCUUGGUAUUCUCUAAAAGCAUCCACUAGAGAAGCCUUCACCCUGUCUAGAGCAGUGUAAACACUAAUAAAACACACAAUCACAUUCAUAACGCCUCGAGGUAUACAAGUUCACAACUCAAAAAACUAAAGAGACAAGACUUGUUUGUGUUUAUUAUUAAAAAAAAGCAUGAAGUCGAGCCUUGGGUAAAUAUUUGCUAUAUUUUGUGCCGUUUUGAAAACCACGCUACAUUUUAGCUUUUGCAGUGUUUACCACAAACCUGUAUGGUGUGGCACAAAAGAAUAACAGCUAAGUGGCCACAGUCUUGCUCUGCUGCCAAUGUUCGCUGCUUCAUGUUCAAGUAAGCAGAUGGGGCUUCUCACAGAGUCCCCUCCGAAAGUAUUCUAAUGGCAAGGUAUAUUCCUUUGUUUUUGUUGUAUAAUGAAGACAUCUGAGUUUCAGAUCAAAAGGUGAAUAUGAGACAAAAGUUCAGAACGCCAGCUUUCAUUUCAUUUACAUCUAGAUGUGGUAAACAACUCAGGACAGAGCACCUUUUGUUUAAAGCCACCCACUUUUUAAGUGAGCAAAAGUAUUUGAAGAGACUAAAGAGAUUAAAUUAACUUAAAAGUGAAUAACAUUUCAUAUUUGGUGGCAUAACGCUAACUUGCAAUAACUGCAUCAAGCCUGCAACCCAUUGACUUCAUUUGAAAUGCUUUUCCAGGAAUUUACUGCAGCCUCUUUCAGUUCUUGCUUGUGAGGGUUUCUCCCUUCAGUCUCCUCUUCAGGAGGUAAAAUGCAUGCUCUAUUGGCCUAAGGCCUUUUGAUUGACUUGGCCAGUCUAAGGCCUUCUUCCCCCCCAAUGAAGUCCUGGCAGUGUGUUUUGGGUUAUUGUCUUGUUAUAUGAUGAAGCUUCUCCUGAUUAGUUUGGAUGCAUUUUGCUUUAAAUUUUCAGACAGAAUGGUUUGCAAACCUCCACAGGGCAGGGGUGAAGGUAUCACAAUCCACUGUUUGAAGAAGACUUUGAGAGAAGAAACGUAGAGGCCAUACCACAAGAUGCAAACCACUCAUCAGCAAAAAGAAUCGGAAGGUCAGAUUGGAUUUUGCAAAGAAGUACAGCAAUGAGCCACAAAAGUGUUGGAACAAAGUUUUCUGGGCUGAUGAGACCAAGAUUAACCUCUACCAAAGUGAUAGAAAGGCCAAAGUAUGGAGAAAGAAAGGAUCUGCUUAUGAUCCAAACACACAAGCUCAUCUGUGAAGUAUGGUGGAGGUAAUGUCAUGUCUUGGGCUUGCAUGGCUGUUUUUGGAACGGGCUCAGUAGUCUUUAUUGAUGAUGUAACUCAUGAUGGUAGACACAAAAUGAAUUCUGAAGUCCACAAAACCAUUUUGUCUGGCAAUUUACAGAAAAAUGCAUCCAAACUAAUAGGGAGAAGCUUCAUCAUGCAACCUGACAAUGACCCAAAACACACUUCCAACACAACAAAGGACUUCAUCAGGGGGAAAAAGUGGAAGGUCUUAGACUGGCCAAGUCAAUCACCGGACCUUAACCUGAGUUGUUUAACACAUCUCGUUGUAGAUACCAUGCAAUAAGAGCUGGAAUUCUGAACUUUUGUCUUUUGAUCUGAAACCCAAAUGUCUUCAGUAUAAAAAAUAAAUCAAUAAAUAAAAAAAACCUAAGGAAUUGACCUUGCCGUUCCAAUACAUUUGGAGGGGACUGUAUAGACGAUUUCCUUUUUGUGUUUCCAAGCACAAACUAAUUUUAAAAUAUGCGUCUUAGAUGUGGUAUUAUAGGUUUUUGCUUUUGUAUACCAAUAAGGAACAACACACACGCUAAUGUUGUGGGUACUGUUGUACAACUACUAUGAAGACAAGGGGUAUCUGGUGAUAACAAGCUUGUUUGAAUAACUGUCCAACUUUGUACUAUGUUCUACUAUACUGUGUAGUUCCCUAGACCCUGGACUCUUAACUAUUUGCACUUACACUAUGUAUUUAAAUACAAGAACAUGACAAAAUAAAUGUACCUUGAUGGAUAA